AUGCAAGCUGCCAGACCGACAGCUAUAGGUCAGUGCCCAGACAGCACGUUCAGUCUUACCGACGUCGGCAAUUGGAGGGCACCAGCGGCAAAGUGUCGGUUGGGGUUUUUCCCCUGCACACAGAAUAAAAGUAGGUGGGUAAACGAUCGGCGCGAUGAGUCUGCAGCCGGAGAUCGGCAGAGGAACCGCGAGCAACCUUUAUGCCGACCGCGCCUCUUUUUUUCUUCACUAGAUCUACGCAGUUGUUGGUCCACAUCAAGCCGGCAGUGUAAGCGCGAAGACCAUCCUGACUUAGAUCACCAUCACCACCAUCAUCCCCUGCAUCGUGCCCUUCAUCAGACACCCAAAAUGCACCACAAACAUCACAGGCGAAAAAGAAGAAAACGCACAACAAACCUUCCAAAAAACCCUCCUCCCCCUUCCCUCCUACCUAUGGCUGGAAACAACAUAACAGUUGUGACACCGAAUAAUAACGAAGGCCUGUGUGCUUUGCAGCAGCCUCCACGUCACCCUCUUCCAGGGCUCCGUCAGAGGACUAACGAUAUGAUUACAUCAGUGAAUGAGGACCUUCUUCGUACUGAAUUGCCACAAGAUGAUUGGCAGCAAGACACACCCAGUGAUGAAGGGAUGUGCUCUCCUUAAAUCACAGCCUAUUCAUCAGGUACUCCUGAGUGCUGUGUUAAGAAAUCCUGCCUACAAAGUUCCACUGAGGCUGAUAUAAAGAUGACUGUGAGAAACUGGCUGCGGCUGUCUGAGCAGAGACAGGAAUGGGGGCGGCAAAGGCGGGACAAGCAAGCAUCUUAAGUGAAAUAAUUGAUUGGACUGAUUCUGGAGUAUGACUUAUUCUGGAGGGAAUUUCUUAUUUUUGUUGCAGUUUGCUAUGGGACGGUUUCAAGGACAGGGAUUAGACUAGUUCUAGACUAAAAUAAAUGUAAGAGCUGUCCAAACUGAAAACAACUUGCACUGACAUAUCAUAAAAUACAUCAGUGUCUUUUGUGAUGCUUCAAAAUGCACACAAGUAAUGUUUUUAUUAAGACAUGUUAUUAAAACUAGUUAUAUUUCAGAAUUAAACUAAGGCCUAGUCCCGGUUUAAGAUAAUCCCUGUCCGGGAAACCACCCCAAAGUGUAAUUUGUGGAGUGUUAAAAUAAAUGAAACUGCCUUUGCAAAAACAAAGUAAAAAAAAAUUUCCAGAUGCC